UCAUGGCGGCCGCGCUCUGGGUCACGUGCCCGGCAGGCCCGCCUUGGUACUUCCGGUCACGUGCCCUCAGAGUCCUCGCAGCCAGCGAUGGAGGCGAGACCCCCCAGUAACAGAGGCGGUGGCGACGGCGGUGGCUACUGGGUUUCAGCGUCUUCCCGGCAGCGUCUAUAAGAAGCGCAGCGGAACUCGACCCGACUCAGCCCAGUUAAUUUAUUCCCUGCCCAAGGCCGUAGCUUCCACCUGUCUUUUGUCUCGGUUAGCACUUUCUAGGCAUCAUGGCAACUUCAUCUGAAGAAGUUUUGCUGAUUGUGAAGAAGGUGCGUCAGAAGAAGCAGGAUGGAGCUUUAUACCUCAUGGCAGAAAGAAUCGCUUGGGCACCUGAAGGCAAAGAUAGAUUUACAAUCAGCCAUAUGUAUGCAGAUAUUAAAUGCCAGAAAAUCAGUCCAGAAGGAAAAGCUAAAAUUCAGCUUCAGCUGGUGUUGCAUGCAGGGGACACAACUAACUUCCAUUUUUCCAAUGAAAGCACAGCCGUCAAAGAGCGAGAUGCAGUAAAAGACCUUCUUCAGCAGCUGCUGCCCAAAUUCAAGAGGAAAGCAAAUAAAGAGCUGGAAGAGAAAAACAGAAUGCUGCAAGAAGAUCCUGUUUUGUUUCAGCUUUAUAAAGACCUUGUUGUGAGUCAAGUGAUCAGUGCUGAGGAAUUCUGGGCCAAUCGUUUAAAUGUGAAUGCAACAGAGAGUUCUACAUCCAAUCAUAAGCAAGACGUUGGCAUUUCUGCAGCAUUUCUGGCUGAUGUCCGGCCCCAAACGGAUGGAUGCAAUGGUCUGAGAUACAAUUUAACUUCUGAUAUCAUUGAGUCCAUAUUUAGGACCUAUCCAGCAGUAAAAAUGAAAUAUGCCGAAAAUGUUCCCCACAACAUGACAGAAAAGGAAUUUUGGACACGUUUCUUUCAGUCCCACUAUUUUCACAGGGACCGGCUGAAUACAGGGUCAAAGGACCUCUUUGCAGAAUGUGCCAAAAUAGAUGAAAAAGGGUUAAAAACAAUGGUUUCAUUAGGAGUAAAAAACCCAUUACUUGAUUUGACAGCUUUGGAAGAUAAAUCAUUAGAUGAGGGCUAUGGCAUUUCUUCCAUGCCAUCUACUUCUAAUUCUAAGUCCAUAAAGGAGAAUAGUAAUGCUGCCAUCAUCAAGAGGUUUAACCAUCACAGUGCCAUGGUCCUGGCAGCAGGUCUCAGGAAACAAGAAGCACAAAAUGAACAAAAUGGUGAGCCCAGCAGCAUCGAUGGAAAUUCUGGAGAUGCAGAUUGCUUCCAGCCAGCAGUCAAAAGGGCAAAGUUACAAGAGUCUAUUGAAUAUGAAGACUUGGGGAAAAAUAAUUCCAUAAAAACGAUUGCACUAAACCUCAAGAAGUCAGAUAGGUAUUAUCACGGUCCAACUCCAAUCCAGUCACUACAGUAUGCAACAAGUCAGGACAUUAUUAAUUCUUUUCAAAGUAUUAGGCAAGAAAUGGAAGCUUAUACACCCAAAUUAACUCAGGUUCUCUCAAGUAGCGCUGCCAGUAGUACGAUCACAACGCUGUCACCCGGAGGAGCACUUAUGCAGGGAGGGACCCAGCAAGCCAUAAACCAGAUGGUGCCAAAUGAUAUUCAGUCUGAAUUGAAACACCUUUAUGUGGCUGUUGGGGAACUUCUACGGCACUUCUGGUCCUGCUUCCCUGUUAAUACACCAUUCCUAGAAGAAAAGGUAGUAAAAAUGAAAAGUAAUUUGGAACGAUUUCAAGUUACGAAGCUCUGCCCAUUCCAAGAAAAAAUUCGGAGACAGUAUUUAAGCACAAAUUUGGUAAGUCACAUAGAAGAGAUGCUGCAGACCGCCUACAACAAGCUCCACAAGUGGCAGUCACGGCGUCUCAUGAAGAAAACGUGAAGGAUCUGUGGCUCUCGCAAGUUUUUGUGAAAUUGAGAGAACUGUGACCUGCAGUGACUCUGGAAACCUGGCCUGAGACAUGCCAGUGAUCACACAGAAGUGACGAACAUCUGCACCAUGCCAACUCUUGGAGCUGAUGCUGUUGUACUUGCACAUUGUGACCUGAAAGGAAAGGAACUGUGACUAAACUCAAAGCUGGGGAGGUAAAUUAAGGCAGAACCAAAAUGAGCUAAGUUGCAGAUACAUGUGUGUGUGUGUGUACACACACACACACACACACACAUAUAUAUAUCUUAAAGAGACACUGUUUACUGCAGUUACUCAGGAACUGCUUUUGAUUCACAUUAAGCUGCUUUCAGAAACUUAAAAAAAAAAAAACUUUUUAAAA